CCGAUCAAAGGGAAAGAAAACAAAAGAGACGCGAUUUUUCAUCCCUGGCGAUAUCUUGGCCUUGCCUACCCGCUUGGGCUUCAUUACAUUUGCCUGUCUGGCCCUUGCUGCCUGCCCCUCUCCGACCCUUUUCAGACUUUUUUUUUGUCCAGCGCCCACUCGAACCACAGUUGACAACGACACCGACUUUUGAUGUCGCAUUUGCCAACACAGUCGGAUCCAGUCACGAGCUGCACAGGACGUUUGCGCUCGCUGCCUAGCGUCCUGCUUGCGUAUCAAGACUGAAUCAACUUAGGGCUUCUGGGCGUCUCGGCCCAAAACUGUCUCUGCUUCGGCACAGCACAACCUUUAUACAUGAAUCAGAAGCGAUUUAUACAGCCCGAGCACACAUCCGGAAACACCUCUACCUAUUAACCCAAGUACCGAAACGAAAGCCUGCCAUCAACCGGUCGGACACUAACGCAGCAUGCUGAUCGCCGUCGGUCUCCCGUCUUCUCUGUUUAUUUGUCUGAGGCUACUGCCCUGGUAGGCGGCACUUGAGACAAGACAAGACCGUCGACUGCCUUGUCUCCGACAUACAAGACCCAUCAUGGAGUCCGAGUCAUCUGCCUCGGUGACUGUCAACGCCAUGGCCGCUAUUUCGUCUGCUUUGCGAUCCGAAGCCGUCAAAAUCCAGUGCUGCUGUGGCCGAUCCGACUGCGUUUUCCUGAAGCACAACUGCUCUGUUCUCGAGAGUGUCGAAAAGGAUGUCCACACCGCCGCCAAAAUGGGCCAGGUCCUUCUGGCGCGCCACGAAGCCUAUAUGGCAGACGCCGAACGCGAUCGCACCGAGCUGACGAGCCGAAUUGAUCAACUCGAGACCGACAAGAGGGACCUCGAGGCGGACAAUGCCAAAACAAUCGAGGAGAAUCGCAUGCUACUUGACCAGUUGGAGGCACUAAACACAUCCGUAACCGAUGCAGAGGUGCAGAUCACGACUCUCGAAGCGGCCUUGCGUUCCUCCCAAUUGAGUGUCAGGAGGCUUGAGGGUGCAGCAGCUCGGGCGGCAGAGUUGGAGAAGGAAUUGGAAUACCUGGAGCGGGAACAGGAAAAGAUUCAAAACGACCUCUUCAGCUCCCAGCGUGACGCGCGUUCAGCAAUACAAAGAUGGAGGACCGCCGAGAGAGGGAUUUCCAGCCUCCAGGACCAGUUGGAGCGCAUUGAGCGAGAGGCUACACAGGAGCGGGAGCGACAUGCCGAAGUUGUAGAGAGGCUUGAGCGGCAGAGCGCUAUGGAAAAGGACCUGACAGCUGCGGCUGGUCGACUCAAGGGCGCCGCCGCGACCAAGAGCCUUGGUGAUGGGAAAACCACCAACCCAGCAGUGUCACACUUUGUGCGAGAUCUGCUGCAGGACAAUGCGAAUCUGCAGUUGGGGAUUGCCGAACUUCGGGAGCUUCUCGCCAGCAGCAACGACGAGAUACAACUGCUCAGAGAACAAUUGGUAUACCAUCAACCAAUCGGCGAAGGCGAGGCCAGCGCUGCCUCGACUCUAAGAGCGGAACUGGGACCCCAAGAGCAUGAGAUGAACCAUGAGACCCCAACUCGAAAGCCAUCGGUGCAUCGGCACGCUCCCAAGCUGUCGCAAGAGCUGCAUAUUCACCACCACUACCAUGUUAAGCCAGAUGCAAAGAAGCCCAAGAAGAAGCGCCAUGGGCUGAGUGCCAGCAUCUUCAGCCCGCCAAUGAGGUCCCCGUCAACUCCCCCAGGUGGACAAUGGCAAAUGAACCAAGGCUCUCCGGCACCUGCACUCUUGUCACACGGCUACAGAGAUUCUGUUUCGACGGUACCCUCAAACAGAUGGUCUGUCUUUUCGGAGAACAUGUCAGAUGCUGCCAUCUCAUCUGUACCAACCUCUCCGCGCUCCAACAACCGGGAUUCGAUGUUUGGCCGCAGUAUGCUGGAGGGAUCAUGCCCCACGUCCCCGGUUACUUCCACUGAUCCCAGGUCACCCGGGUUCGAGAAUUUCUAUCGCCAGGGUCCGUCUGACCAUUCAGCCUACCACUUCCAACAGUCGCAUUUGCCCCUACUUGACAAAGGGUCGGACGGAAAAGCUGCUGUCAGUAUGUCGUCGACUCCAAUACAGCCGAGUAAUCUGGACUCGUAUGGAGCCAACUCUCAGGCAACCCCCGAUCGCCUUACCGAGAGCCCCACGGAUAUGUCGCGUUCACCAGAAUCUACCCGCACAUCACCCCUAGCGCUUACAGUGUCUACCAGCGCCUCUUUGGACGAUACAGAUGACAACUCAUCCAUUACGCCAACGUCAACAGCUGGCGGACCACCGGUUUAUCGCAAAAUCCACCGUACCACCUCUCACGAAUCCAUCAUGUCACUGUCGGGCGGGUUAGACAUCCACACGCUCAAGACAAGGCCGAGCCAGCUUACGUUGAGACAUCUCGGCACUGCGGCCGUAGCAGACACUGGACUCAGCGCGGUGACGGCAAGCCCGACAAUAUCCAGAGUCAUUAGCGGCAACGGCAGGCCUGGAAGCGCGGCUCUCCGAGAUAGUUUGUCGCUUGGAUUGCCGAUGCCACGGACCCGAGUAGUUUCGGCGGGCGUUUCCGGGUCUCCUGCCACGUCGACCCUCACGAGCUUUGCUACUCCUCGACAGCCCACGUCGGCACUGGGGAGGUUUGCGGCAUGGCGACUCUGGGGAGGAUCUAGCUCAGCUUCCACAACGCCAUCAUCUACGACUCCCGUACCUGCGAUUCAAGAGGCUGUUGUGACGACUGUCGAAGAUGUAUCAACAACGCCAAAGUCGCCUCUAACACCGGCUUCUCUGUGCUCGUCGUCCAAAUCGCCACGUGAACAGCAGAGAGACUUUUCGCGACCGGCCGGGAUCAACCAGGCUGGUGCUAUACCUGGUUUUCAAGAAUAUUUUGCAGCCCAUCAGCGGAGGGCGCCCCCGAGUAAGGUUACACCUGAUGUUGUCGACCGUGAUGCUUUGAUGGAGGUGCUCAACGGGGAAUGAUUUCACAUGGGACUUUUGACGACAUAUUACACACUAGACAUGACCAUCUUUUUCAUUUGUUAUAUUUUUCCCCAAAUUUUGUACAUUUGUCUCACUGGUCUAUUGCUUGCCGGUUUGAUUUUGCAUCUUUGACAAGGUAGCAAGGAGUUGAAGGUUUCCUUUGUUUGGGUCUUGGAUAUUGGUUGAUACCUCUUGGAUAUUUCACAGCUUUAAUGUCUACUGAUUGAUUGGUUGCUUUAUCUAUUUGAACGA